AUGGGAGAAGAAGCUGAAAGAAGUGUUGCCGAUUGGCAUAAAAUGAUUGUCAUCGAUAGAUUGAUGACAUUCUCGCAAUAUUUGAGAGCAAGACGGGAUGAUGCCGUUUCGGAAUCUUUGGAGGUUCGGGAUAAGGCGUUGAAUGAAAUUGUAGAUGUCCUGAAAUCUCUUCCACCCAGCUUUUUGACCGGUGAAGAAGUGGGACUUCUCUUGACGUUUUUCGUCUCGCAAAUGGAUUCAAAUAUCUUGAGUGGGGAAACAUUGAUUGAUGGGAUUUACCACUUGGUUAUGAAUUCAAAGGAAGUUCCACCGGAUUCUUAUAACGCGCUGUUCGUCAAAAUGUUUCAGGAUAGCAAUGUAUCUGAAUGGUCGACCGAUUAUCGCAUGAAACAUUAUGAAAUUUUUCGUUGGUUCGUACAGAACCAAAAAGAAUAUAUGAUAUCACUUGGCGGAAGUUUCUACACCGCGUUUCAAAACAUAUUUUUGGGAGAAUCAUCUGCGAAUGGAAUCAUGUUCAUGCUGAACUUGUUUCUCUUCAUCGUCAAAAACUACGAAAUUCAAGCUGUAGCUGAUAAUUUGUUCGAUAUGGUUCUCGUCUAUUAUCCAGAAAAGAAUCCUGUUCAGAAUAGGAAUCCAGAAGUAUCACGUAAACUUAUAGUUGCGAAAUGCAUCUCUUGUUUUGUUUCUUCGCCAUAUUUCGACAAAAUGUGCUUCGCUGUAGUUGCGGAUUCGAUCAUAAAUGAUGAAUUCAAUGACGAGGAAAUCGAUGAUAUUUGCCAGCUUCUAGUUGUGGCUUGUCAAAAGUUCGCUGCAAAUGCAAUCGUUGAAUAUAUCGAGCCGAUAAUGCGCGGAAUUAGAAUGGCUGCAGUGAAACCAACAACAAAUGAUGUGAGUGGCACAUUGAUUAAAGCACUGAAGGGGGUUAUCGAGAAGUCUAGAGAGUUGCAUGACCCAAACACCGAAGUAUUUAUUGGGCAAUCGUUGAUUGAAAAUAUGGAGCCAUUUGUUCUUCAAGCGGAAAUGGGAAUUACCAAAAAAGCUCUUGAGCUAUUCAAAUGUGCUUACUUGAACACUUCUGACCACCUUUCUUGCUCAAUCCUCUCGCAUGUUUUCGCAUGGCUCACCACACUGGUUCAAGGAGAUACGGUCAAUGUUGCGGCGAAUAAAAACGAAAUAAUGGAAGAAUCGCUCGAUUAUAUGAUUGAAUGGGUUGAAUUGGUUGCUCAGCGAAAAGAAGAGACAGGACACGUUCUUCAAGAUUUUUUAACUAAUAUAUUGGAUUCGAUCGAUGUUUCGAGAGAAUAUGUUCCGAGACAGGCAAUGAUCGCAAAAUAUAAGAUAUUAAAAAAAUACCUCGAUGAGUUCGAGCCAUCGGAGAGUCUCAUUUCCAAGUGUAAAAAAACAGUAGCUGCUGAAAUUUUCUCGCCUUUGGUUGAAGACGAAGAUGAAAGUUACUUCGACUUUAUUACAAGUCUUGCAAAAAGAACCAUCGAACCGCUUGCUGCAAUUCUCGUCGAACACAAACUAACCACAUGGAAUAAGGAUAAGAUGCUCGCGUACCAUUUUUCAAUUAUUCAUAAUCGCCACAGUUGGGAAUUCCUUAAAAUUGCAAUUAAAAAUCUUCUCGAUCUCCAUUUAGUCGAAAUGCACUCGUUCACAAUAAAAAGGUACGAAAUGAUUGCGUCGCGAUGCUCAAAUGAUGAAAUGGUUAUGUGGGAAGUGCUUUCAGCAUUUGAUCGCGUUGUUCAAAAGGCUCACCAACACCCCCCUGUUGCCGAAACUAUGCAGACUUUGACUCUCGGAUUGACAAAAGAGAAACGCGCCGAAUUCAUGACGAUUCUUUAUGAGCGAUACUAUGCUUCGGAACUAUCUUUCAGAUCAAUCGAUGAACUUGACAGGAAAUAUACGUUGUCUCUUCUUCAAAGCGAGAACAUCGAGGAAGUGAAAUCGCUUGCCGAGCUUCCGUUUCCGCCAAAAGUUCAUAGAAAAUUCUUAUUCGCUGCAAUUAAUCGGAGAUUUAUCGAAGUAAAUGAUCUUGCCGAUGAAGAUUUUGAAGAUCUUUGGACUGCAUUCAUAAAAGUUAAAGCGAAGCUCAUUACACAAACCCCGACUGGUUUAUAUUUGUUCGGAAAGCUGAUGGAUUAUAUCAUCGAAACUCCAAUCACUGACGAAAUUGAUGAACAAUACAAAUUUUUGUUGGACUUUGUUCAACCGGAGAAUAAUCCGUACAAGUGCAACUAUGAAGUAUCGACAGUUUUCUGGAAGCAAAAGCUUCUCUACUUGCUCGUUCCACCUUAUAAAGAAAUAUUCGAAAGCGCAAGUGAUAUGGAUCUUAAAAAGAUUGUCGGACUUCUUCCGGCUUUGAUUGAUUUUGCCAACACAAUCGAGAACGCUGAACUGAAAGAUCAGUUUGACGCGCUUCUCCCACUUUUAUUACGAAUUCUGGAUGUGUCGGACCCGUCAACCAUCAAUAAAAAUAUUCUUCACGCGAUUCCGAUUUUUGUGAAAAACGCGCAACAAUUCGAUGCUCAUUCCAAAAGAAUAAUGGUGAAUGCGCUGUGUGAAGUCGCAACGGUUCCAGAAGUCAGCAUGGCCACUACACUUGAUGCUCUCAGCAGCUUGAUUAAUAUCUAUAAUGCAGAUCGCGAAAAUGUUCCACUAGAGCUCGUUCCAAAAGUGAUUCGAAUUUCGACGGCUCUCCUCAGUCACCACAAACGACUUGUUCGUCUGAAAUCGGCUGAAGUCGUCAAUCUUUGGUCACUUUCUAAGAGUGAUUAA